AUGCUUGACCACUGUUCUAUAUCGCACAAGGGAGGGCUUGUUCUUUGGAAGCGCUCGUUCACUCCGACAGCGGCGCAGUCGGUGGCCAACCCGUCAACGUCGCCAGUGAAUUCCCUCAUCCGUGACGUCCUUAUUGAAGGACGCAGUGGAGAAAAUAAAUAUGAGAAGGAUGGAUAUGCCAUUAGAUGGACGUUCGUGAAUGAACUUGAACUAAUCUUUGUCGUUGCGUACCAGCGGAUUUUGCAGCUCACCUACGUCGAAGAUCUUCUCGCAGCUAUUAAGGCAUUGUUCGUCAAGCUUUUCGAACCAUUCCUGGCGACAUUCGUGGAGUCUCUGCAUUCGCUAAAUAACAAAUCAGCACGAGUUGCCUCUCUCCAAACGUGGGACUUCCUCAAAGCGUUUGAAGGAUGGGAUAGGGUAUUCGAUAAAUUGCUUAAGGGUCUUGAAGACAAGUCUGCACAGGACCGAAAGUCGAAAGCAAGACCCGUAGGGCGCGUUGGAGCUUCCAUCACUCCUCCAUCGGACGAUGCUACAGAACCCGCCAUUUCACCGGAAACACCGCUUGAUGAAGAGCAAAUAUCGCGGAACGUACAAGCCUUGAAAAAUAGACUACGGGGGAAGGGCCGACGUCGAGGGGUGGGGCGCGUGGAUUCUGGAAGUGGAAGAGACAGUCUUCACGCCUCAGACUCCGACACUCCAUCCAAGAAGAAAGGCAAAGCAAAAUCGCAACGAAAGUGGGGAAACGAAGCUCCCACUGAAGCUGAUAUGGAAUCACUCGACUUCAGCGUAGACAAGCCCGGUGCUGGACCGGAUUCUCGCAGACCUGCUGCAUCCCCUGAUGUAGACGCAUUGGUCGACAAGGAUUCAUUGGGUACCCGAAGGGAGGACGGGCUAUAUGAAAUCAAGGACUGGGAGUUCAAUAAGGGUAAUGACGGUGCGGACUUCAUCUCACGCGCUCUUGCCGCUCAACAACAGCGUGAGGAACCACAGAAGUCGAAUGGGUCACUGGGAGCUCUCGGGUCUAUCUUUGCCCGCCUGACCGGGUCCAAGGUCCUGACCGAGAGCGACCUCAAGCCAGUGUUGGAAAGCAUGAAACAACACCUUAUGAAGAAGAACGUAGCGAAGGAAAUAGCUGACAAGAUUUGCGAGGGUGUCGGUGAAGGACUCGUUGGGAAGAAAGUUGGAGGCUUCCAAACGAUCAAUGCGACUGUGCGACAGGCUCUUUCCACGUCAUUGACGCGAAUUUUAACUCCAAGCACUUCCACUGAUCUUCUCUUGUCUGUUCGGACGAAGUUGUCGUCACCUCUGCCAUCGACACAGCAGCGUCUUCCGUACAGUAUGGUGUUUGUUGGGGUCAACGGUGUUGGGAAGAGUACGAACCUAUCCAAAGUCUGCUUUUGGCUAAUUCAAAAUGGCUUCAAAGUUUUGAUCGCUGCCUGCGACACGUUCCGGAGCGGUGCCGUUGAGCAGUUGAGGGUACAUGUUCGUAACCUUGGAAUGCUUGAUGUGAGCGGCCCCGAUGGAAAGGGCGGUGUCGAGCUUUUCGAGCGUGGCUACGGAAAGGAUGCAGCCGGUAUCGCCAAGGAAGCCAUAACAUAUGCUAAAGAUCAUAACUUUGAUGUUGUCCUUAUCGACACCGCAGGCCGGAUGCAAGACAACGAGCCUUUAAUGCGAGCCCUGGCCAAGCUUGUUUCGACAAACAACCCAGAUAAAAUCAUAUUCGUCGGCGAGGCGCUAGUUGGCAACGAAGCGGUCGAUCAAUUGUCCAAGUUUGAUCGUGCACUGCGAGACUUCUCUUCAGCCUCUGAAACAACUGGAAGAGGCCGCGGUAUAGAUGGUAUGCUCGUCACCAAGUGGGACACUGUAGAUGACAAGGUCGGAGCCGCGUUGUCCAUGACAUACGUAACUGGGCAACCCAUUAUUUUCGUCGGCUGCGGUCAGACAUACACCGACUUACGCCAACUCCGAGUUUCAAAUGUAGUCCAAGCACUCUUGAGUGACUGA